GGUUUAAAACACCUAUGAUGACCAACAUAACGGCACUAAAGUUCCUUUUCCACCAAGGAAUCGAAUCCCAGUGGCAUCUUUCAACGUUACUCGUAACUCAAUUCUAACGUAAGGAUGUCGGGAGGUCUUGACGUUCUCAGCCUCAAAGAGGACGAUGUGACCAAAAUGUUAGCCGCCGGCACCCAUGUGGGUACCGCAAACGUAGACUUCCAAAUGGAACAAUACGUUUACAAGCGGCGCGCGGACGGAAUCCACAUCAUCAAUUUGCGUAAAACUUGGGAAAAACUGCUUUUGGCAGCUCGUGCUAUUGUUGCUAUUGAACAUCCAUCAGAAGUGUUCGUCAUUUCGUCACGUUCGUAUGGCCAGAGGGCCGUUUUGAAGUUUGCCGCACACACUGGGGCUACGCCUAUUGCUGGACGUUUCACCCCCGGUGCGUUCACCAAUCAGAUUCAAGCGGCGUUCAGAGAACCACGCCUUUUGAUCGUGACUGACCCAGCAUAUGACCACCAACCCAUCACUGAAGCCUCCUAUGUCAACAUUCCAGUCAUCGCACUUUGCAUCACCGACUCCCCAUUGAGAUUCGUUGACAUUGCUAUCCCCGGAAACAACAAAUCGGCUCACAGUAUUGGCUUGAUGUGGUGGCUCCUAGCCCGUGAGGUGCUCCGCCUUCGCGGAAUCAUCCCACGUGAGACCAAAUGGGACGUAGUCGUCGAUUUGUUCUUCUACCGUGAACCAGAAGAAGCCGAAAAGGAGGAACAAGCAGCCAAGGAAGCCGUCGCGGUUAAGCCCGAGGUGGUGGCCCAUGAACCGCAAGAUUUGGAAUGGAAUACCAUGGAAGCCCAAGAUUGGACUACCACUGAGCCUGCAGCUCCGGUUCCUGUCGCCACGGGGCCUGCUGCGCCUUACCAGCCCGCAACUACUGAUGAUUGGGCCGCUCAAGUGCAGGAAGAAUGGGGGGCCAAUGCGACCGCCACUCAACCUGCUCAACCCAAUUGGGGAAGCAGUACUUCCGAUUGGCAUUGAUUUUAUUACUUAUUGACUAAUUUCAAUAAAAUAACUUUGAGGGUA